AUGUCGCUUAUGCAUACAUUCAAGGGGUUCUUACUCUCACCUACAGAAUUGAAGGUCCGUCAAGCAACAGAUGAUAAUGAAUUAGCAGGUGCAACAGGGACCUUGAUGAAUGAAAUCUCAGUUUUGACAUAUAGCAAGAAAACACUAAAGGAUGUCAUACAAGUGAUACGAAAACGGUUAUCGGGAGUAAAUAAACGAAAUAGUCACAGAACAUGUUUACAUGUACUUAAGACACUCACGCUCGUAUCUUAUCUACUCAACAAUGGCUCUAACGAUUUUAUUGCCUGGUUGAAAAGCAGCAAAUAUGUGAUUGAGUACUUAUCUUCUUUUGAAGCGCAAUCUAGUAGCGAUGAACCGAUGGUAAAUCAAAUUCGUUUUUUAUGUAAUGAUAUAAUCACAUUAUUGGAAGAUGAAGAGCUCUUGGAAAAGAGGCGAAGGGAUGUUAUACAAUUCAGAUCAAGUAUUUCCUCACCGGGUAGGAAAUCGACAGACAAUAGUCACAUCAAAACAUAUGAUCGACAAUUUCAACUUAGCAGACCCAAAUCAGACAAAUUCUUGGAUGAAAACCAGGAUAUUCAAUAUAUGGAUAGCAUGGACCAGGAUAAUCCUCUAGAUAGUAUUAUUGAGUCAAACUUAAAAAAUAGAGGCAGAAGAGCCGGUCACGCCAACACACAUCCUCUACUUGAAUCCCUGGAAGAAGAGGACCAGAAUAGUCUCUUGCCUGAUAAAGAAAAUCUGCCGGCUGGUAACUCAAAGUUCCUUGCAUCAAACCCAUUUAGGUGA